GUCACUUUUGUGACCUUAGCGCCAACCAGACCCUUCUGUGUCUACCUGGCCUUCCUGGCAGUCACACAGGUCCAUCUAUUGCCCAGAUACUCCACCACGCCAGGAUUAUGUUUAUCGGUGACCAUGCUCCUUCUAGCUCCUGGCCUCCUGUCCCUCCUGCUGGUGAUGAGCACGGGGGGCUCUGCGCCCAGCCCCCAGACCCGGCCCCAGGGCUGCUACAUAGCAGAAGAAGCCGGAGAACAGACAUUCCGCUGCAGCCGGGCUGGCCUGAGUGCCGUGCCCAACGGCAUCCCCAACGACACCCGAAAGCUUUACCUGGAUGCCAACCAGCUGGCAUCGCUGCCAGCCGGUGCCUUUCAGCACCUGCCUGUCCUGGAAGAAUUAGACCUGUCUCAUAACGUCCUUGUCCACCUCUCAGGGGCCGCUUUCCAGGGCUUGGAGGGCACUCUGCGCCACCUUGACCUCUCGGCUAACCAGCUAGCGUCCGUGCCCGUGGCAGCCUUCAUGGGGCUGCAGAUUCAAGUGAACCUGUCUGCCAACCCGUGGCACUGCGACUGCGCCCUACAGGAAGUGCUCAGGCACGUAAGGUUAGCUCCGGGCUCUGGGGCAGGCAUCGUGUGUGGUCCAGGAGCCCGGCCAGAUCUGGUGGGACAGGAGUUCCUCCUGCUGGCCGGGGAGGAAGAGCUAUGUGGGACAGGACGAGGCGGGACCCGAAGGAGCACCGAUGUGGCCCUGCUGGUCACCAUGGGGGGCUGGCUGACGAUGGUAGUGGCUUAUCUGAUCCACUACGUGUGGCAGAACCGGGAUGAGACCCGGCGCCCCGUCAAGCGGGCUCCUCCCCCGCAGCCCCUACGCUCCGAGGACUCCUCCACCCUCAGCACCGUGGUCUGA